GGCACGCGUAGCCGGGCCACAGGCUGGGACACUCCUCAUGUCAGAAGGGAGCAGCCACAGGCAGUCUCGGCGUCAGCAUGAAUUCCAGGCUCCUGUCGGCCAGAGACUGGCUCAGCACCCGCCCGCCCACCUCUGAGCCUAACCUGGAGCCCGCCACGGACGGGCCCGCCUCCGAGCCCACCACCCUCGGCCCAGAAGCCACCAGCUUUAAUGACACCAGGGUGCCUGGCGUGGGCAGUGGCGCAGCCGGCGUGGGCACGAUGCUCCUGUCCUUUGGGAUCAUCACGGUGAUCGGCCUGGCCGUGGCCAUGGUCCUGUACAUCAGGAAGAAGAAGAGCCCGCGGGCCCCGCAGGGCAAGACCACCCUCCCGGCCCAGGGCCCAGUGCAGAGGCCCAGCCGGCUGGUCUUCACCGACGUAGCCAACGCCAUCCAUGCGUGAGCGACCCGGGGACGGGCCUGGACCUGCUGCCCCCGGCCUCGGCACCCACAGAGCUGCCUGCGCUCGGACCUGCCCGCUAGGGCCCCGCCGCACAGCCCCCCCUGCUGACUCCAGGCCGGGCCCUGGCCUCCGCCGUCCCCUGACGUGCGGCCCGGCGCCCUGGCAGCAAGGCCGAGAGCCACUGCCGGCUCCUGUGUUUUGCCCAAAGCCCGCGCACUCGGUCUGCUGCUCUCUGUGGAGGAAGUGGGGGAGACGGGGAGAGGAGGAGAGCAGGGAGGGGAGAGGUGACCGCCCCUGUGUGGGGACAGUGUGGUGGCACCCAGGGACGGAGUUGACCCUGCCCCGCGGGCGAGGGAGCCAGGAGGGCCGCUCCUGCCCACAGUAGGUCCCUGUCGUAGAGCGUCCAGGAGUCUCCCCGCCGCCCCUCCCUGCAGCUGGCCAAACGGACGAAGCUGAAGGGGAGGGGAGGUGGGGCGGGUGUGGAAGUGGGGGCAUAGGCGGUGCCCAGACCUGCUGGAAGGCCUCGUGCAUGUGCAGGAAUGUGUCUCUCCCUCCAGGGGCAGGAGGCAGACCCGCUGUUUGGCUCCACCCUCAGGCUGCCCAGCCCCCAGGGUGUGGGGAGCACAGGGCACGCCACCUCUGCCCUCCACGCUCAGGGCUGAAGGAAGUGGGGGAACAGGGCGAGGGCCAGCGGCCCCCAUCUCUUCACUGGGCGCUGCAGGCAGCCCUGCCUGUGGUGUGCGGGGCCUGGGGCUGGGCAUCUGUUGGUCUGAGAGCCACGGUCAUGGCUGCAGCCAGUGGGGGGUUCUGACUGCCUGAAGGGGGUGGGGUCAUACCCCCUCCCCACCCAUGGUCCACCUCAGGGAUUCUACCAGGUCGGGGGGCUGGGCAAAAUGCUGGGCCAGGCCAGACUCCAGGAGCCGGGCAUGCAGCGGCCCCGUGCCCGCCUCGCCUCCACAUCAUUGUCCUCCGCUGGUUGGAGGGACACGGGGGCAGCGUACAGAUCUGUCGGGCAAAUUGCACGUGUCAGGAUGUGGGGACCUGGGGGGCCUGUGGGGACGAUUCGGGAAGGAGCCUCCCAGACGCUAUAAAUAGGGUGUCACUCGCACUCGAGGCUGUAAUUGGCCUCAUCUUCCCGCGAGAGCAUUAAAGAUGCUGCAGGACGUUUCCACGGA